AUGGGCAAGGACAAGGUCGAGAAGGACAAGAAGCGCGCUGAGAAGAAGGAGAAGCGUGCCGAAAAGGACGGUAUUUCCAAGUCCAAGAAGGACAAGAAGGAUAAGAAGGACAAGACCGCUCUCGCCGAUGCGGUAGAGAAGGAGAUCACCUCCCAGGUCCUGGAGGGCUUGGACCAGGCUGCUGCUGCCGGUGCCGCUGAGAUUGAGGUCGAUGCCAUGGCUAUCGACCGCCCCGUCGGCGCUGUCGUUCCCUUCGCCAACCCUCUGGUCGAGGACAAGCAGGCCAAGAAGGUGCUCAAGAGCGUGAAGAAGGCUGCCGUCAACAAGUCCCUCAAGCGCGGUGUCAAGGAAGUCGUCAAGGCCCUCCGCAAGUCUCCUGUCCCCGCCGCCAACGCCAAGGUCGACAUCCCCUCCGGCGUUGUCAUUCUCGCUGCCGACAUCUCCCCCAUGGACGUUAUCUCUCACAUUCCCGUUCUGUGCGAGGACCACGGCAUUCCCUACGUCUUUGUGACCUCCCGCGCUGAGCUCGGUGCCUCUGCUGCCACCAAGCGCCCCACCAGUGUUGUUAUGGUCACCCCCAAGUCCGGCAAGAACAAGAAGCUCGACGAGGAUGCCGAUGGUGAGGACUUCGGCAAGGUCUUCGAGGAGUUGGCCAAGCUCGCGGAGAAGGAGGGAAAGAGCGUUAACGUUUAA